UCGGUUUUUUGAAACCCAUUUUUAGCAUUUCUAGCAGAAACCCAAACAGGUUUACUAAGUUUAGAAAUGAAAUGCGACUGUUCAGACUAUAAAACUCGAUUAUUCUAACAGCUUUAGCGCAUACUGGCACCGGACGGAUACUUUUAGACGUAGACCGUAAGUGCUGAAGCAAUGUCAUCGCAUCGAUUUUUAUUCGUACGGGACCAUGAAAAGUUCUUUAAUUGGUCUGCUAGCAUUAUCGCUUUGAACCUGACAAAAGAAGCCUUGUAUGAAUACAUGGAAGAAAUUGCUGAUAGAUAUGUUCGGGGUUUAGCAACUGAUGAAAAAAAUCAUAUAGUGGAUUUCAUAGAACACAACAGGAGAUACUUCCCAAAUAGGGACGGAAAAGCGUUAAUGAUGGAAAAAUUGAAGUGUAGCUGCAUUCCAUGUGCAAGUUUAUAUAAACGGAUUCAGGACGACUUGUUGGGAUCCCCAGAAAGCUCAGUACUAUUGGAAACACCUGAGAACGUAGGUAGAAGUAAGCUGUGGUGGAUUUUAUUAAAGAUGAAUUCACGCCAUGCAGGGAAAGAUACACAACAGAUUGAAGACUGUGAUUUGAAAUUAUUGUGCAGAAUAGUACAACGCUGUCGACUUUUUGCCCCUGUGAAAAAUAUUGAAAAGGUAAUUGCCUACAGAAACAUGUUGAUGCACAACAGUUCCAACGAAAUUUCUACAGAAACAAAACGGUCAUACCUAUCUGUCUUGGAGGAGCUUUUAGAAUCACCUGGGUUGAAAGGUCGUCCAAAAGUACAAAACGCUAUAUGCAAGAUUUCAGGUAUGAAGUUUCACAACAGCCGAUUUCACUCUACCUAUGAGGAUUGUGACGAACUUAAGCAGAGCAUGAAAUGGCAGAUUGAAGCGAUUGAAAAGGAUAUGGAAGAGUUCAAUAGGAAACAUCUGAAUGUGAUAAAACUUGAAGAAAUAAUGAGAAUAAUUAAAAAAAAUAAAGAUACAGUAACUGUUGAACAAAGAAAAAUCAUUGAAGGGAGGAAAGUAGCGACACUUGACGAAGCUGUUGAAAUUGGAAAACAAGAUGGAGAACAAGCCUUAAAAGCCGGAGGAUUUGUUGGCGAGUGUGUUGGUGGUUUAGCUGGAGGUGCUGGGGCUUGGGUUGCAGGAAAUGUCAGAAAACAAUGAAUAUUGAUACGUAAACGCACACAUCAUUAAAGGGUUUGGUCAUAAUAUAAAGAGCGCUACUAUUGUAAGCUGUUGUGUUGUGUUUCCUUCAAUGUUCAUUUGUACAUGUUAACAACUGGUUUCCAUGAGAGUGGUUUUUGGAUGUGAUUGUGUCUAACAUCUAAAACCUUCAUUCUUCAGUUGACAUGUUAUAUUUAGAUUCCUCGCAUCUUGAACAUUUUAAGAUAGACUUCUAGCCAUUUCAUUCUAAUUUGACACAUACCAGAGACUUAUGGACGUUCGUGUAAAUUUGGAAUGAAAAAGCACACCAGUAUAUAUUUCCUGAGAUUAUGUGAAGUACCGUAUAGCGGGUUAUUUCUAUGGGGAAAAUAUUUUUGCGUUUCUGCGGUCUCUCGGUAGAAUCGCAAAAAAAUAUUUCCAGCAGAAUAUUCAUCAAGCAAAAUUUUAAAACGCAAAAGAAUCUGCAUUUUUUUUCACCAACGCUGUUUUACGCUAUGUUUCUCUAGGUAAUCCGAAGUUCACAAUGGCAUGGUCUAAUACAUGGAAAUUACCGUCGCCAUCUGACAAUUACCGAUAAUGAUAUAAUUAGGUGUGAUAGUCAAUCAAAGUCCUAACCGUUAAUCCCUCAGAAAACACUUUUCUUCUGUGAAUGAAUUUCACUUGUGUUGUUUUUAUUGAUCCCUUUUGAAGAUCUUCCGAACUAUACUUUAGUAACAUUUAUAUAAGUGUAACUAUUAUGCCGAUAUACUGUAGUUUGCAGUUGUUGUUUGUGCAAUUGUUGUUGGCCUUAUAGUUUUUCAAUUUACAUGUUUUUAUAUCCUACAAUGUAUUCAUUAAAUGCAAAGUUAUUUUACAACAGUUACCGGUAAUUUAGUUUAUUGUUCUCAUACGCUAUCAUUCUCACAACGCUCGAUCAUGCGAGGAAUUACCUCUUCUUUGGCAUCAAAAAUGCAGAAAUUUCUCUCCUUUUUAUGUGAAAACGCAGAAAUUAAACACGCAAAAAUUUAUUUCACAAUUUUUGGGGCCAAAACGCAGAAUAUUUUGACCGCAGAAAUAACCCGCUAUACGGUAGUUGACAUGGACAGUGUAACUAUCAAAUUUUGUUUGUUGUCGCUAAGCAUGUCAUCCUACUAUGUUAGCACUUCUUGACAUGAUUAUAAUAUGACAAGGACUUUCAUGAAAUGAAUUUUGGCUUACGCAAUGUAUUAAGCAAUGUAUUCAAAUAAGUUAGUUACCUGCGAAAAUGUCUUUUUGAAGCAUAGAACUCAAACUCAUAGUAAGAGCAGACUUGAUUUUAUACAGUCUGUACUUACAUUUUCAUUGAAUUUGAAUUACCAUUUACGGCCUUUGAAACCUAAUUGAGAGGAAACUCGAUUAUCAGGAAAGUUAGAUAAUAUCAUGGUCCUAAAAGAUACAAUAGAACACUACUGAAUCAAUAAACGGUUCUACGUUAACGGGCGAUACGUACUUACCUCUUUAUUGAGAGUACAUUAGCUACAAGACUUUAGUGUAUGUUAUCUGGGAUAACUUAACCAAGAUUGUAAUAAAACUUUUCUUUUGAUAAAGUCUGUAAAAUGAUAAUUUGGAAGCAUAGAAUGCAACAAAGAAGAAAAUAGUAGACUCGGUUUGAUAGAGUCUGUUCAUGAGAGUUAAUAAAAUGUGAAACACCUCUCACGUCCCCUAGCACCAGCUUUAGCGGAAUUCCAUCAUAUACCAAUGAAUGCACUCUUAUGAUCCCGAAGGACCAGACAAUAUAUUAUCCUGAAUCACUAAAGUAAGGGGAGACUUUUUUACAGCGGCCACACGGUACUUAAAGAUUUUUGUUGAAAUCAAUUGCAUGAUGUAUUAUCUUUUUGAUUUUGUUUUCGGAAAGAGGAAAACAUGUUUUUCUGCAUUUAAAAACUCGAUUUCAGAAUGAAUAUGAAAGUGUGGUAAAACCUGGGUUUAGGCAAGGUGAUAUUUUACUUUUAGUAAUUAUGUUAGCGAAUUCACUCUUUUGCAUUGUUAAACAGACCUUGGCUUAAAGAACAUCUCAUUACGCAACUGUUGCAGAAGUUUUAAGUUUAUCGGAACUCUUUUGAUAAAGUUAUAGGCAAACAUUAUUGCAAUUUUUUCCAAUCCGUAGCACAGCUGUUGUUAUACAAAUACAAAUAUAUUUACAUAGCAUAAAAAGUAUAAAAAAAAUUCUUUUGCGCUUUUCAAUAACCUUAAAAUGUAAAACUUAAAAAUAUUAAGUAAUUUAAGAAUUUAAGAAAAAUUAAUUACAAAUAUCAAAUACAAUUUUUUUUACAGGAUUUACAUAUCACUAGAUUGUCAUAUUCCAAAGAAGACUUUGUCAUAAUCAUAUAACAAUUACAAGUUACACUUUAGAAUUCUGACAAUGUGACAUUAUUGUCCUGCUAUUUAUAUGUAAAGUCACUUGAAAAAGGUUUCAAAAAAGGUGUGUUUUAAGUUUACAUCUGAACUUAUUUUCACUUUUGAUUCCUUUUAAGUCUCUUGAAAGGAAAUUCCACCCUUUUGGACCUAUUACACGCAAUGAUCUAUCUGCAAACUUUUUUCUUGUUUUUGGUAUAGCAAAACUUAAUUCAUUUGAUGCUCUUGUUUUGUAUGUAGUAUCUUGAACAGGAUGAAGAAGUUCACUAAGAUAAGAUGGAGCAGUGCCUUCAAUGACUCGGAACAUUAACACUAAAAUUUUGAACAUCACUGUUGCCUUUACAGGGAGCCAAUGUAGUUGUUACCAGAUGUUAGUAAUUGGUUCAUUAAAUGAAGCAUUGGUCACAACUCGUGCAGCAUAAUUUUGGACUUUUAAAGUUUUUCAAUCUGUUAUGCUGGUAUGUCGAUAAAAAGACCAUUGCAAAUAUCAAUAUGAGAAAUUCUGAACCAUGCCCUAGAAUUUCUGUUGAUUUUUGUGACAUGUGUUUUCAAAUUACUGUCAGAUUCUUCAGCAAACCAUAUGAAAUAUGACAUUUCUUUCUAAUAUGUCAGUCACAAUUCAGAGUAUUUUCCAUAUACACACCAAGAUCUCUAACAUGAUCAACGCAUUUCACUGCAUAACCAUCAACAUUUACACUUGUGAUGUUAACUUUAGCUAACUGAUUCUUAGUUCCAUAGAUAAUAAUUUCUACUUUGAAUUAUUCAUCUUCAGUUUGAAUUUCGUCAUCCACGUAAUUAUGCCAUCCAGACAGCUACGAACAUGGUUUAAAACAUUUGACUAAUCUUGCAUGUUGCCAGCUUGGAUUCCGAAAGCGAGUUUAUGAUCGUCAGCAUAUUUAUAUAGUUCUGCAGAAUACUUUCGAACAACUUUGUUCAGGGCAGCAAUGUACAUUGUAAAUAUCAAAGGAUCUGCACAAGAGCCUUGGGCGACACCAUGCAUUGACUCAGUAUACCAUAGUAUAUUUGGCCGUACAAUAGUAGUUCUUUCUUUGAGGGUAGAGUAUGUUUGUCAACUAUUUCAGAGGUCGUUUUACUGAAGAUUGUUACCAAAUCUUUCAUAUUAGAAGUAUCAUUUGAUAAUGAAUUCAGCUUCACUCCGAAAAGAAUCAUUUUAGAUCGACUUCCAGUUUUGGUUCCUGACAGUCUGUACCGUUAAUGCUGGUCGAGACUGUUCAAUAUAGCAACAGAUAUGAAACAGUCAGUCAGAGGUUCAGACAUCUAAGAAUUUGCCUUUUUUACGAGAAAUGAUCCCAUCAAGAAUAAUUCCACUGGUAUUAGCUUGAUUCUUAACAUUCUGCAUAACAUCAAAAGUCUGUAAUAACUGUGUUAAUUGUUUGGUGUAACAGUCAGAUUUGUUGUCUAGAUUUAAAUUGAAAUCGCCCAGUACCAAAACAGGUUCUGAGCAUAAUAAUAGCUGAUCUAGAUACUCUCUGAACUCAGUCAUAAACAUUGCUUGCAUUACUGGGUUUCUUUCAGAGUAUGGAGGGCGAUAUAUACCAACGAUUAGAAAAAAACAACAAAUAUUUUGCAUUUGAUUUUCCAUUCUGAAUAUUCAAAAGAUUGAUAAUAACUUGACGAAGUUCUUGACUUUUUGAAAUUACUUCUGUAUUUCAAGGCUAACCCACCAACAUUUCGAUUGGGACGAGGGACCCUUACAACAUCAUCAUCAGUCCUCACCAUCAGUCCUUAAGCCAUGUUUUUACUGAUAACACAAAGGUCAAUGUUCUAAAGUAUGUUGCAAUAAUUGUGCAGACUUUCCACGUAAUUAUCUUGUAUUUACAAUUGUAAUAUUUAGUUUACUUUUACGGUUUUCAUUCAAAGCUAUUGUUGAAUCUAACUUUAUUCUUAUAAGAUUAUCCCAAUGAAUGCCAUUAUUUGUGUCCAUUAGCCUGGAGUUACCUGCUCCUUUUUCUUUAUACACCAGCAAUCCCAGUUCCUUUAAUCUAAUCAACACUUCUUUGUCAAUUAUCGAGUCAGGCAAUGUUGAGCGAAAUCUCACCAGCUGUUCAACACUAUAUUUUCUAACUAUAGAUUUAUCCAUUAGCAUAUAGUCCAAUUGUUUUUGAUCAAAAUUAUAAUUAAAUACAAUCAGUUAUCCACAAAACAAUAAUAGCAGCAUGUUCAGAUUAUAUUUACAAAGGGCUAAUACAAGAAUCCAUUUUUUAUGCUAAGUAAAACCAGUUAUAAAUUUUAAACAUGAUUAUUAAGGAGCUUAAAAAUAUGAAGCCUAGCAUUUUAAAACAAAUACAUGUUUCUAAACACAUAUUUUAUACUUACCAUAAUGUUUCUAACAUCAAUAUAUUUUGAAUAUAUAACUUAUAUUUUUACUAAGUUGUUUGAGGACAUGGCAAGGUGUAGUUUUAGAGAUAUGCUUGAAAAGUAUUCUUUUAUUUACAGUUUGCUUGUCAAUCUCUUGGGUAGCAAGAACUAACCAAUGAAAAUGAUUUAUCAAACAUAUUCAAAGAUAUUUGUAUGACUGAAAUUUUAUUAUUAUGACAAAGGUGAUUUUUUUUAGUUUUGUUAAAUUUUGAAGAUUUUUAAGACGACUUGUAAAAUAUGAUAUAUGCCUUUAUUAUGACAUUUAUUUUAUGUCUUGCAUUUGAUGAGAAAAGUUUUGCAUAUCUGUGAAAAUGACAUUGACCAGUCUGAUUGCAGUAUGUUUUAGUUCUACUCUAAAUUUAUGGAGUUGUCAGUUUUUUCUUUGCUCUUCUAGUUUACACUUUUGGACUUAACACUCCUUCUUGGAUUGAAUUUUUUAAGGAAAUUCAGAGCCAAAUUCAGGAACUCUGGACAUUAUUUUUAUUGGAGAAAUAAAUUAGAACUUUAAAGUUUAAUGCUAGAUUUUAUUCACUGAAACCUGUGUUUAUUUUAUUUGAAGCAUACUUACACCAUUAAGUAUAUUGCAGAAUUUGUUUAUGUUUUAAUUGUAGAAGUCUAUUAAUAGACAUAUUAGAUCUUUGUAGUUGUGAAUACGUUAUUAUGAAUGGACUUUAGAUUUCAAUAGAUUUAUAAAACUAGA